AUCUCUCUCACCCGUACCGUGACCACUCCCGUCCUCGAAAAUGCCGCCCAAAAACAAGGCAAAGAAGGGUAAGAAGGCCGACGAUGAGGAAUACUGGGAGAAAGCCGGCGAAUCUAUCCCAUCCUCUCAACCCGUGGCAGAUGCGCCGUCUCGAUCUGGCUUCUCUGGAUUCACGGCGCUGGAUAUGAGUGUGGACGACACUGCGCAACCGGAGGAGGAUGAGGAUUUCGGUGGACUGAUGUCGACCCUCAACAAGGCAACCAAGAGCAAGAAGGAUAAGAAGAAGGACAAGAAGAAAGCUGUUGCCUACGAUGAGGAUGAGGACACUCCCCUCGAUCCUGCUGUCGAUGAUGAGGCUGCCGGCGCGUCGAAGAAGCCGACGGAAAUGACCGCUGAGGAGCUCGCUGAUGAGGAGUGGGGCCCAGUGAAGGAGAAGAAAAAGGGCAAGAAGGGCAAGGGCAAGAAGAGCAAAGCCCAAGAUGACGAGGAUGAGGAUAAAAUUGCCGAAGAGACGACAGAGGCUGCACCCCCUGCUACCGCUAAACCUCCUGCUCCUGCUGACGACGGUGAUGACAACGCCGAUGACGAUGCCGCGGACGCUGGUCCGAAGAUCCUCAGCAAGAAGGAGAAGGAGAAGAUCAAGAAAGAGAAAGAACGAGCCAAGAAGAAGGCUCAAGCCGCCGCGAAAAAGUCCACUACUGGGGAUGCCGCCGCAGGCGACGACGCUGACGUUGCACCCGCAGCGCCUCCUCCGGCCGAUGAUGCUGCAGACAACGAAGACGAUGCCGAUGAAGGCGCGGCAGGCAAGGGAGACGCGAAGAAGAAGAAGAAGAAGAAAGCAAAGAAGGAGGAGGAGCCCGCACCUGCACCUCCCGCUGCUUCAAAGAAAAAGGGCGGUGCCAUCGGUGCGCUGAAAGCCAUGUUAGAGGAGAAAAAGCGUGCGGAGGAAGAGGUCCGCCGAAAAGAGGAGGAGGAGAGGGCCCGGCUAGAGCGGGAAGAACAAGAGGCUGCUGAAGUAGAACGCAAGAAGGAGGAGGAAAAGCAGCGACGCAAGCAGAAGGAGAAGGACAAGAAAGAGUUGGCCAAGAAGGAGGGACGAUUCUUGACAAAGAAACAGAAAGAGGAAAAGGCCAUGGCAGAGAUCCGCCGACAAGCUCUCCUCGCAUCCGGUGCUCAUAUCGAGGGAUUGCAGGGCUCGACUGCUGAUGCGCCAGUCAAGAAGGUGAACUACGGUACUCGCAAGAAGAAAGGGCCGGCAGUGAAGGACGCUUCGCCGGCUCCAGAAUCGCGACCCCGGUCUCCGGAGCCUGUUGUCCCUGCACCAGAACCACGGACGGAACCCGUCCUUGAAUCCAAACCAGAUGUCGUGAGCGACUGGGAUGCUAGUAGUGCGGAAGAGGAAAAUGAAGUCAAGCAGGGGGCGGCUGAUGUCAAGGAUUCCUGGGAUGCUUCAAGCGACGAGGAAGAGGUCGCUCCUGUCGUUGCACCCAAAUCUGUCGGCGCAUCCAAGCCGGUUGCCGCAGCGAAACCCGCAGUUGUGGCCAGCUCGUCCAAAGCCCCGGCUAAGGCACCGGCCAAAGCACCAACCCCCGCUGUCAAGAAAGGCAUGAAAGCCGAAGCGGCAGCCAGGCGAGCCAAAGCCCGCGAGGAUGCGCUGGCUGCUCGCAGCAAGGACGAUCUGCGCAGUCCGAUCUGCUGUAUCCUUGGACACGUCGACACCGGAAAGACGAAGCUGUUGGACAAGAUUCGUCAAACAAACGUUCAAGAAGGCGAAGCGGGCGGAAUUACACAGCAGAUCGGUGCGACCUAUUUCCCCGUGGAUGCUAUCAAGACAAAAACCGCCGUGCUGAACAAGGACGGGACUCAGGAAUACAAGAUCCCGGGCCUUCUGGUCAUUGACACGCCGGGUCAUGAGUCGUUCACCAACCUGCGUUCGCGUGGAAGUUCCUUGUGCAACAUUGCGAUCUUGGUUGUGGAUAUCAUGCAUGGCUUGGAACAGCAGACCCUCGAGUCAUUAAGGUUGCUUCGGGACCGGAAGACCCCAUUCAUUGUUGCAUUGAACAAGAUUGAUCGAAUGUAUGGCUGGGACGCGACCCCCGAUGGCGCAUUCCGCGAGUCACUGGCCAAGCAGAACCGAGCCGUCCAGCGUGAGUUCGAGGAUCGGCUGACCAAGAUCGUCGUUGCCUUCGCGGAAGAAGGGCUGAAUGCGGUGCUCUAUUACGACAACAAGAACUUUGCGCGCAAUGUGUCGAUCGUGCCGACCUCUGCCGUCACUGGCGAGGGUGUUCCUGAUAUGAUCAUGCUGCUCGUGAAUCUCACCCAACAGCGGAUGAGCGACCGCCUGAUGUAUCUGUCGGAGCUCGAGUGCACCGUGCUCGAGGUCAAAGUCAUCGAGGGACUGGGCACUACCAUCGAUGUGGUACUUUCGAAUGGGAUAUUGCGGGAGGGAGACAAGAUCGUCGUGUGUGGUCUCAACGGGCCUAUCGUAACACAAAUCCGGGCUCUAUUGACACCCCAACCGCUGCGGGAGCUUCGUAUCAAGUCCAACUAUGUGCACCACAAAGAAGUCAAGGCCGCGUUGGGUGUGAAGAUCACGGCGCCCGAUCUCGAAAAGGCGAUCGCUGGUUCACGCUUGCUUGUUUGCGGGCCGGACGACGACGAAGACGAUCUGCGGGACGAGGUGAUGUCUGAUCUCACGUCGCUUCUGAACAACAUCGACAAGUCGGGCCGGGGCGUGUGUGUCCAGGCUUCGACUCUCGGAUCGCUCGAGGCGCUGCUCGACUUUCUCAAGUCGAGCAAAAUCCCGGUGUCGGGUAUCAACAUUGGCCCUGUACACAAGAAGGAUGUGAUGAGGGCUGGGACGAUGCUGGAAAAGGCCAAGGAGCUGGCGUGCAUCCUGUGCUUCGAUGUGACAGUCGAUAAAGAUGCCGAGCGCAUGGCGGAGGAAAUGGGGAUCAGGUUGUUCAAGGCUGAUAUCAUUUACCACUUGUUCGAUGCGUUCACGGCCUACAACCAGGAGAUCGUCGAGGCGAAGCGGAAAGAUGCUGCGCCUCAAGCCGUCUGGCCGUGUCGACUCAAGAUCUUGGCCGUGUUCUGUAAGCGGGAUCCAAUCAUCGUCGGUGUCGACAUCCUCGACGGCAGUCUGCGGGUCGGCACGCCUCUGGCAGUGGUCAAAACAGAUCCGGCUACCGGCAAGAAGGAGAUCAUCGACCUGGGCAAGAUCACAUCGUUGGAGAUCAACCAUAAGGCCUACGAUCUGGUGAAGAAAUCGCAGGCCGGUGCCGGCGUUGCGGUCAAGAUCGAGCACGCUGUCUACCAGUCCGCUAAAAUGGUCGGCCGACACUUUGACGAGAAGGACGAGCUGCUGAGCCACAUCACACGGCAAAGUGUGGACGUGCUCAAGGAUUCGUUCAGGGCGGAUGUGCUUCCCGAAGAGUGGAUGCUGAUCAAAGCACUGAAGCCGUGGUUCAAUAUACAGUGAAUGAUGUGUAUCUAGUCGAAAUAUACGCAUGGACAUGCCGCACUCGGAAACAACCGCACACCUGCUUGAUCCCCAAUUGAAGUGAAUCGCUCUGAAUCCGAUCUAUUUCUACGAGAUACGGAAUUACAACUUUGAGCGACGCUCAGUUGGGUAUGGUCCAGAAUGACUUUGGACGUGUUUGUGAAUACAUACAAAAUGCUUUCCGUGUAUGAUUAUACAGCUCACUUCAAUUCGGCAGGCAUAUCCCCGCCCUGCAGGACGGCCAUCAGGUUGUUGAUCGCCGUCGUGACCAUGUCCGUUCGAGUCUGGAACGUGGCGCUGCCGAUGUGCGGCACCAUCACACAUCUGGAGUUGAAUAAGCUGGACGCAGAGAGCUCGAAUGCACAGAAAGUCACGCACUUGGGCUGUUUGCAGAGCGGAUGAUCGGCAGAGAUCUUGGGCUCGCCCUCGAUCACAUCUAAUCCGGCGCCCCAGAUCCAUUUCUCUUCCAGGGCUUUGGCAAGCGCGUCGGAAUCAACCACUGUACCACGGCUGGAAGGGAUCAGUGCGCGACCUUGAUCAAAUCGUUGACUCUCACCCCGCAUUCACGAUGACGCUCAUCGGCUUCAUCUUCUUCAAAAAGUCCUCCCCGAUCGCGUGGUAUGUGUCCUUCCCUCCCGGCGUCAACAAUAUGACCAAAUCGCUCUCCCGCGCGAGGCGGUCGAGAUCGACGCGCUCGAUCGACUGCAGCUCGAGCUUCUUCUUGAGCGCGGCGUCGCGCUCGGCGUGUGCGGCGCUGAUGGUGUUGCCGGAUUUCGGGUUGCCAGAGUAGAUGCAGUGGGUGAUGCCGAAUGCAGCGAGCCGCUUGAGCGUCGCCUGUGCGAUGCGGCCGAAGCCGAGGAAGCCGACUGUCCGUGUCGGCGACGUCGAUGUCGUGCUGAGCUGUGGACCGCAAAAGAGGAACGGGGACCAGACGAGCGACGGUUGGGCCCACUGAGGAAGAGAUCAGUGAGCGAGGGAUCGCCCAUGCUGGCUUAUCACGUACACUGCCGGUUUUGACGAGGUUGUAGAUCUGGCCGUCGCUGCGGCUGGCCAUCAGUGCGAGCAUGACGGCGACAUCGGCGACUUGGGUGAUAGUUCAGGACACUAAAGCAUGUAUUGAAGAAGAUCGACCGCACCUGCUUCUGUCAGCACAUUUGGAGUAUAUCCGACCCGGACGCCGCGCGAGACAGUGAGAGGAAGGUCGAUGUGUUCUAAAGAAGAUUAGAUAGGACACACGAUGGUGGAUCCGCAUGGACACGCACCGUAUCCAACAGAGACAGUCGAUACGACGCGUAGAGUGGGUCCAGCUCAUAUGCAAGUUUCCUCACUUGGCACGCCUUCAGCCGUAAUCCAUCCAGACUCACCGGCAUCUAGAAGCUCCUGGUCUACCUAAUGCGGGGGUUAGACGCGGGAUAUACAUAGGGAGGGAUCGCGAAUCGCACCUUCUCUCCUAGCAGAACCAUCAGCCCCGCUGCGCCCUUAAUGUUCUCCAGCAGCCAUGCCCGAUCGCACGCCUCAUCGCGAUCCCAGAUGACGAACUAAGUGCGACGCAUCAGGAUCGUGUAACCAGUAGCUGAAGAACGGAACUGACAUCCACGACGUCCUUGUGCUGCAUCAAGAUGGGCGUUGCCUGGCCCAGAGUCUUGCACACGAUGACCUUCGGUUUGCUGGAAUUGACGAGCGAGCAUCACUGAUUUGUACAGCGUCCCAUGUAGCAGAGGCAGUCGCACGAACCUGGAGGACAUAUUCGGAGAGAGAGGAGAGGUUCAGGAAAGAGAAGCAGCGGAACUGGAUUCCUGAUCGUUCCAGUGCAGCUUUUUGUGGGGGGAGAAGGACUCACGGGAUCUAUCGGCCCGGACGUGAGAAUCGGCGUACGGACCGAUGGUCCGACUAUCCUGUCUCGGCCAAUCGUCGUGGAUCCAUCUCAGUACCAGUCCUGCUGUGGAUCUGAAAGUCUAACUUCGCCUCAGACACUCCUACUUGCCAUCCAAACCUCACUAAAAUUCAAGGGCAUGGGCGCGAAUAACGCCCACGAUCGACAUAUUUUCGGCCAAGUAAAAGACAGAUAUUACGGGGAUACAGAUUUGACAAAUAAGAGCUCGAAGACUUGGAAUCUCAGACGAACGGAGUGCACACGUGCAUAUCCUCCGUGAAUGCCCUCUAUACGACGUGCAACGACCAAUCAUACGAGCCACCUCCGCCAACUUCGGCCUGCGCGACAUCCUUGGGACGAAAGAAGGAAUCGUUGCGUUGGCAGAAUUCUUGAAGGAAUCCGGGGCAUUCACGAGAAAUGGACGAGUGUGGCAGGACCGAGAGAAUCCCGUGCUAGAAGACGAACCGGAACCGGAGCUAUCGGACGACGAAGAGAACGACGACGACGACGACGACCUGGACAACGGCUGAACAACACCCGAUGCGGCUCCAACCGGCCCUAGCCAAGCCAAUCCCCCCUCCCCGUAUGGUUAUGUUCUAUGCUCUAUGCUGCGCUCGAAACUCCUCCACGACAUCUCCAUACAACCGAAAUCAGGCGACGAAACAUGCUCGAUUGAAACGGCCGAAAAGACGUGAUCGUCCUUCCAUACCUGCUGCCCUUGGGCACCGCGUCUUAGUAGUUAGUUUACUUGUUGCGGAAUACAAAUGCGGAUUCAAA